AUGAUGAAGCAGCAGCAGCAUCCGCCGGCGACGACCUCCGCCGCCGGGUCCGCGGUCACCGUGGCCGUGGCGGCGCCUGGGUGCGAAGGGGAGAAGAAGCCGCCGGCGAUCAACUCGGAGCUGUGGCACGCAUGUGCCGGCCCUCUCGUGUCGCUUCCGCCGGCAGGGAGCCUCGUCGUCUACUUCCCACAAGGCCACAGUGAGCAGGUUGCAGCUUCUAUGCAGAAGGAUGUUGAUGCCCAUGUUCCAAACUACCCAAAUCUUCCAUCCAAGUUGAUCUGCCUACUGCACAAUAUCACUUUACAUGCUGACCUAGAAACGGAUGAAGUUUAUGCACAGAUGACUCUUCAGCCAGUUACUUCAUAUGGAAAGGAGGCACUACAGCUAUCAGAGCUAGCACUCAAACAAGCAAGGCCACAGAAUGAGUUCUUCUGCAAGACACUGACUGCAAGUGAUACAAGUACGCAUGGAGGCUUCUCUGUGCCCCGCCGAUCCGCAGAGAAGAUAUUCCCACCUCUUGACUUCUCAAUGCAGCCACCUGCUCAGGAGAUACAAGCUAGGGAUUUGCAUGAUAAUGUGUGGACAUUUCGUCACAUAUAUAGGGGUCAGCCAAAACGACAUCUGCUUACAACUGGCUGGAGUCUCUUUGUGAGUGGCAAGAGGUUAUUUGCUGGAGAUUCUGUCAUUUUCGUUAGAGACGAAAGGCAGCAACUUCUACUAGGAAUCAGGCGUGCUAACCGACAACCGACUAACAUAUCAUCAUCUGUCCUUUCAAGUGACAGUAUGCAUAUAGGGAUUCUUGCUGCAGCAGCCCAUGCUGCUGCCAACAAUAGCCCAUUUACCAUAUUUUAUAACCCCAGGGCCAGCCCUACUGAAUUUGUUAUCCCAUUCGCUAAGUAUCAGAAGGCUGUCUAUAGCAAUCAAUUAUCUCUAGGAAUGCGUUUCCGCAUGAUGUUUGAAACUGAGGAAUUAGGAACAAGAAGGUACAUGGGCACAAUAACCGGCAUAAAUGAUUUAGACCCUGUAAGAUGGAAAAACUCUCAGUGGCGCAACUUACAGGUUGGCUGGGAUGAGUCUGCAGCAGGUGAAAGGCGUAACAGGGUUUCGAUCUGGGAGAUUGAACCGGUCGCUGCUCCAUUUUUCAUAUGCCCCCCUCCUCCAUUUUUUGGUGCAAAACGUCCCAGACAGUUAGAUGAUGAGUCCUCGGAAAUGGAGAAUCUCUUAAAGAGGGCUAUGCCUUGGCUGAGUGAGGAGAUAUGCAUAAAGGACCCUCAGACGCAGAAUACCGUAAUGCCUGGUCUGAGCUUGGUUCAGUGGAUGAACAUGAAUAUGCAGCAGAGUUCAUCAUUCACAAAUACAGCCAUGCAGUCUGAGUACCUGCGUUCAAUAACUAACCCCAGCAUGCAAAAUAUUGGUUCUGCUGAUCUCUCGAGGCAGUUGUGCCUGCAGAACCAGUUUCUGCAACAGAAUAACAUUCAAUUUAAUACUCCCAGACUGCCUCAGCAAAUGCAGCCGAACAAUGAUUUUUCCAAAGCAACCCUUCCAUUGAAUCAGCCCGGCGGCAGCACCAAAUCACAAGAACAAACUCAAGAAGGUAGCAACCUUCAGAGGCAACAACAGUCCAUGAACUUUGCACUUCCUUUGAGCCAAGCUCAAACCAGUCUAGCUCAAGCUCAGGUCCUUGUACAGAAUCAGAUGCAGCAGCAGCCACAUAUAUCUCAAAAUCAGUUGCCAGCCGUCAGCCAGCCGCUCAUGUCCCAUCAGCAGCAGCAACAACAACAAGAACAACACCAUCAACAACAGCAGCAGCAGCAGCAAAAAUUUCUACACCAGCAGCAACAGCUUUUACUUCAGCAGCAGCAGUUACAACAACAGCAACAGCAACAGCAACAGCAACAACAACAACAGCAAUUCAAUAAGAUGCCUGCACAGCUACCAAAUCUGCCAAAUCAACAGCUGCAAUUAUCAGAUCAGCAGCUUCAGUUGCAACUCCUGCAAAAACUACAACAACAGCAGCAGUCAUUCCUGUCCCAACCUGGAGUUACCCUUGCACAAUUACCUCUGAUCCAAGAACAGCAAAAGUUAAUUAUGGAUAUACAGCAACAGCUGUCAAACUCUCAUUCGCUUCCCCAGCAACAGAUGAUGCCUCAACAAAGCACAAGAAUUCCAUCACAGGCAGCACCACUGCCAGCACCUGUGCAGGCAGAUACACAACAGAAGCUUCCACAGAAGCAAGCUCUGUCCGCAGAUGCCUUAGAAGCUACCGUUCCUCCAACCACGUCACUGAAAUUCAGUUCAGCAAAUGGAAGUCCUUUGAGGAUGCCCGGUGCUACACAUUCUGUAGUUACCGAAGAAAUCCCUUCUUGCUCAACAUCCCCUUCCACUGCAAAUGGUAAUCAUCUUCUACAACCAGUCCCUGGAAGGGACCAAUAUUGCAGCAUGAUCAACACCGAGAAGGCACCUCAGUCAACUGCCCCUAUGUCAGUUCCAAGCUCUCUUGAUGUUGCCACAAGAACUCCCAGGAUGACAAAGGAGUUUCCAAAAUUGAAUUCCAAUGUAAAGCAAAGUAUAAUGGCUUCAAAAUUACCGAAUGCAGAAGCUAGUCCCCAAAAUUUUGUGAACAACGCACCCCCUACAGACUAUCUAGAAACAGCUUCGUCAGCAACUUCAGUGUGGCUUUCCCAAACUGAUGGGCUUCUACAGCAAAAUUUCCCCAUGUCUAACUUUAGUCCGCAGCAGCUAUUCAAAGAUGCUCCUCCUGAUACAGAAAUUCAUGCUGAAGUUCCAACUAAUAAUGCAUUGUUUGGAAUUGGGAAUGAUGGUCAUGUGGGCUUCCCUUUGGGAACUGAUGACUUCCUGACGAAUGGAAUUGAUGCUGUCAAGUAUCAAAAUCAUAUCUCUACAGACAUUGAUAACAACUACGGAAUACCAAAAGACACCCAGCAAGAGAUAUCAUCCUCCAUGGUUUCACAGUCAUUUGGUGCAUCAGACAUGGCAUUUAAUUCAAUUGACUCUGGAAUCAACGAUGGUGCCUUCUUGAACAGAACUUCUUGGCCUCCUGCUGCUCCACUAAAGAGGAUGAGGACGUUCACGAAGGUGUAUAAACGGGGAGCUGUGGGCCGAUCUAUUGACAUUAGCCAGUAUGCUGGAUAUGAUGAAUUGAAGCAUGCUCUGGCUCGAAUGUUUAGCAUAGAGGGGCAGCUCGAGGAAAGACAGAGGAUUGGCUGGAAGCUCGUCUAUAGAGAUCAUGAGGAUGAUAUCCUACUUCUUGGCGAUGAUCCUUGGGAGGAGUUUGUCAACUGUGUCAAGUGCAUUAGGAUCCUUUCGCCUCAAGAAGUGCAACAGAUGAGCUUGGAUGGUGAUCUGGGCGCUAGCGUUCUCCCCAACCAGGCCUGCAGCAGCUCAGAUGGUGGGGGCAGUGCUUGGAGGGCUCGUUGUGAUCAGAACUCUGGCAACCCUUCCACUGGCUCAUAUGACCAAUUCGAGUGACCUAAUUUACCGGUCUUGACACACCACACCGUCACUGGAGGUGACCAGCGACAGCUCUGAGGCGCUAGGAUGUUGUAGAUGCGUCAGCUUACAUCCGGGAGCGCAAGCGGCUCAUUGGAUUAGUAGUGUUCUGUUUAUAUGUGUAGUUCUUACAAGAAAGGAAGUAGUAGGCUGGUAAAGGGAGAUUACCUAGAGUUCGAGAGGGUUAGGUGAAAGAUGUCUUAUUGGAAAGGCAAGUCUGUAGUAACCUGAUACUUUGUCUCUUCUGGGGCCAUUCUUAAGAUCUCCAUGAAUCCCAAGUUGGUUGCUGCAAAAGCAAUAUUUUUUUC